GGUGUCUCUAUGGGUUUUGGAGAACGUAAAGCAUACUUCUUGGCAAUACGUCCGAAUCCACGGUAUGCCACUUGGUUUGGAAAGAAGAAAAACUGGCAGAAUAAAAGUGAAGUCAAGAAGGACAAGAAGUUUCUGGAAAAAUCCACAGCGCAAAACUGUGAUGAUACUCCACGAUCCCAAGUAUUUUGUGUCCCAGUGGCGAAAGAAGACCGAACUAUUUUGGAGGAAGACGACGAAAACAUCAUUGAAAAGAAGGGAAAUCAUGCUUUGAAUCCACUUGUAAACGGCAUACCAUUUUGGAUAAUUCCCGAAGAAGAAGAGGAGUUGAAUGAGGAAGACUUACCCAUAGACAGAGAUCUGAUAGAGAAGGCAGCUAUGCUCAAACCUUGGUCCUUUAUAAAAUGA